GUUUCAUGGAAGUCAAUGAACUAAGAAGAAUACCAGACCCAGCUGCUUUCGUAUUGGUGUCUAUGGGAGAGCCACCCACUUAAGUAGACAAAAACGGAUCAUUUUUUGUUCGAUAGUUAACGUCCUGAGUGAACUCUCUUCAGUUAUCCAACAUCUUUGCUGCCUGUGCACUGAGGUCAUUCCUGAGGGCGGGCGGGAAUGGAGGGAACUGCCUGGUGAUACAUUAUCGACCGGUAGUAAAGAGCAGCGUCGACUAUUGUUAAAAUCAACCGUGAUUUUCCGUCUGCCAGGGCAAGAGUGAGACAAGAGGACGAAAAUCCGUUUUCCCUGUUUGUUUAGAGAAAAUAAUACUAUAUAAGCAACGUUGAACAACUCUUUCAUAUUUAAAUUAAGCUAUAUAGUUAUUUAUCUGUGUGAAGAUGAACGGGGUAACGCGGAGUCUGUGUACAUUUGAGGACAUCAGAGCUGAUGAGAGAACAGCGGAUGGGUGCAGGAGACUGAGGCUGACUCUCCACCAGCAGAACCAGGCCGGGAGGAUCACAGAACAACCCAGGAGCAAGCCAAUCGGACGAGCGUUUGCUCUGGUGCAGCCAACCAGUGAUAGGCCUGCUCUGAAGCCUGAACCAAUCAAAUCCUCUGAGGAGAAGGCUGAAAAGGUUGAGGUCAUCAAGGUGUAUCUGGAGGAUCGUAGACAGGAGCAGCAGAGACACCAGCAGAGCCUCAAGAUGUUGUCAGAUGAAGUCUCCCAGAUACAGGAGGUGAGAUACUGUCUGAAGACCCUGAGGGAACAGAUGGCAACCAAAAACAAAGGACAACACAAGUUUCUUGCUAGUGGCUACAGAGUCAGCACUCCCUCCAAUCAGAACAUCUCUUCUUCCUCAAAGGGAGGAGCUAAAGAUGAUGGGCAGUAUGAGUGUAUUCACAAAUACAGAGAGGGGGAGAGAAGAAAAAGAAGAGAGGUGAGGGAGAGGAACACCACCCAGGAGAGAGAUCUGGAAGGCCUGGGAGGGGAGGAUGAGGUGGAGAGGGCGAAGAUGAGGGAGGUCAGUAAACGUCUGUAUGCUCAGCUACAGGAGGCCGAGAAGAAACACCAGGAGGAGAGAGAGAGACUGCAGGCUGAGGGUGUGGAUCUGCGCCAGCGUCUGGGGGAGCAGGAGGACAAGCUGAAGGGGGUGGAGGAGAGUAGUGAGAGGAAGGACCAGAGGAUUGAGGAGCUCCAGAGGCUGCUGGGAGGCAUGGCGCAGGAGAGCCAAGCCCUACGAGACACACUGAGGAACAGAGAGGAGGAACUCCGAGAAUUACGCAAGAUCAGAGAGGAGGGCAGGAACGAGGAGCAGAGGUCAGAGCAGUUGGAGAAGGAGCUGGCCAUUCUGAAGGAGAAGAUCCAUCAUCUAGAUGACAUGCUGAAGAGCCAGCAGAGGAAAGUCAGACACAUGAUCGAACAGCUGCAGAACUCUCGUAUGGUGAUCCAGGAGAGGGACCGUGUCAUCAGAGAUCUGGAGGAGAAGGUGGCUUUCCUGGAGGCAGAGAACCGGGAGAUGCAUGAUCAGAUGGACUACUUCCUGGGAGGUGAAAGGUCAAACUCGCACCUCUCCUCAGACCGCCAUGCCCAGAUUGUCUACAGUAAGCCUUUGAAGCCCACCAACUCGUCCAACAAGCCUCUUCCCUUCAUCAAAAUCAUUGAGACCAAGUCCUGAACUGGUGAAAGCGAGGGAGAAGGGGCCAACCUAACGACACCAAACCUGCUAAGCUAAGCAACAACGGACUGAAAUAGACCACCACCACAUUACUACCACACCAUCACAGUACACGUAUGAAGUUUAAACUGAGGUGACCACAACAUCACAUCAACUGACCACCAGCCACGACCAUCACCCACCCAUGGCCACACUCCUUCGAUAGGAUACUAUGCAAUGUGUGUGUGUGUAUGUGUGUGUGUCAGAGGAGGCUGGUGGGAUAAACUAUAGGAUGAUGGGCUCAUUGUAAUGUCUGGAAUGGUAUACAUGGAACAGUCAAAAUGGUUUACAUGUUUGCUGUGUUUCAUACCGUUACAUGUAUUCCUCCUAUAGCUCCUCCCACCAGCCUCCUCGUGUGUGUGUGUGUGUACGGUUUUGGAUUGUGUAUGGACGUUGAUGUAGAUAGAUAUACUGAUAGAGUUGAUUCACAAUAGAAGUCUAUUUAUUCAUAGCAGACAGAUUAUUCUUUCUAACCCAGUGUCAUAAUCUAUUGUCAUCUGUUGAAGUCCGUCUGAAGGACUUUACUACUGAGAGAGAGGACCAGAGACAGUGUGAUAGCAGUACCCUGUGGUCAGUGAGAGUCUGAUAACAGACCGAGUACUUUGGCCUCAGAGAGGAGGCAACCAUGCCAGGUUGGGCCAUAACAGAGAAAUAAAAUGGCCGAUGAUUGAGAGGGGGAUCCAAGAGAGAGAGAGAGAGAGAGAAAUCUGUAUUAAACUACUCAGAACACAACCAGUUUGUCAUCUUUUUACCAUGGCACCAAGGCAGGAUAGAGGGAGUGUUGCUACAGUAUAUAGGUAUUGGAGAAGCAGAAACACAUUAAGGAUAGAGGUUCUAGUUUUCCAUCAAACCCUUCUGUAACCCAUUAACCUACUUCCUGUGUCUGUGACCUAGAGUCCACUGUUAGAAUCCUCUUUAUUUGACACCUGAAAGGGAGGAAGACAAUCUUUGACUUUUUGUAAAUAUACUUACAUGGUCACGCAGUGGCCACAGUGAUGUCUCAUGGUUUGAAUACAAAGUUAAAGGCCAUGUUUGUUAUUUUGUUCAUUGAGUGGGAUGUUUGGUCUAGUAUGUGUGGAUUAGAAGUCCCCCUCACCAAUACUGAUGUCACUUUAAAGUCUAAAGAAAAUGAAGAUGAUUCUUUCUGACAAGUACUAACCUUGCAAGAAGUCUUGUUGACAUUAUCCACAUUUUUGCAUGCAUUUCAGUUAUCUGAACUUUCAGCCACUAUCACCAGCUUUGUACAUAACUAUAUUUAUUUGUUUAUGUGGUAUUCUUUGAUAUCCCUGUAGUCUUACUCUGGGAUUUGUUUUGUUUGUUUUAUCAUUCAGACAGGAAUGUUUGGCCUGACACUUAGUGUGUGACAAUCAUCUUUAUGUAUUUAUGUGAAAAUACAACUUUAAUUUUCGGGAAAACAUUUUCAGUAGACAUUUUAGUGUGUGUUAACAACAUAUAUACUUUGUGUUUUAGUUAUUUUAAUAAAUAUAUGAAAAUAA